GGUGCCACCUGGAAUUAACGAUGUGCGACUUCCAAUUUUUGAAUACCUACCUCCUAAGCAAACGAAUUAAAAAAAACCCAAUUUAAGUUGACGACUGGCCAAUGCAAACAAUACGUCACUUCAUUGCUUAAUUACUUAUCCAAUCUCAUCCAAUCUUAGCAUUUCACCUUUAACAGGUAAACUUUAACCCCAAGAAGCACACUCCAAUGUGAACGCCUGGGGAUCGCAACCAUGGAUUUACUCAAUUCGGUCACUUUGACCUUGAAAGAGACACCCCCGCAUACGCUAUUUGCUGCGUUUACCGGAUUGACCAUUUUAGCCUUCUAUGCUCUCUAUGCCCUACUCCAUCUCGUCGCACCCAAACCUCGAGCCGUACUCCCUUCCGAAAAGACUUAUAUCACAACCACACCCACCGGCACCGAGAGACGGCAGCUACCAUGCUGGCAUGACCGAUGGCUAGCCGACCGGCGCGCAAGCGAGGCCAGGGCCAAGAACGACGACCCAACCCAACUCGACAUCGCGGACACCGGAGUCAUCGAGCCCGCCGAAGUCCGCAUGAGCGUCGUGUUCCCGGCUUACAACGAGGAAGACCGCAUCCUACCGACCCUCGAAGAAGCAGUCGAAUACCUCGACGCCACGUUCGGCCGCGACCCUCGCCCGAAGCACAGCAACGCUCCCCCCCACGCGAGACGAGCCCCCGUCCCGACCCCCCCUAGACACGUUAAGAACGCGCCGCGCGAGGACCUCGCCGGGUACGAGAUCAUCAUCGUGAACGACGGGAGCACGGACAAGACGGCCGAGGUGGCGCUGGACUUCGCGCGCAAGCACGAGCUGCACGACAUCCUGCGGGUGGUGACGCUGGAGCGCAACCGGGGCAAGGGCGGCGGCGUGACGCACGGGCUGCGGCACGUGCGGGGGGAGUACGCGCUGUUCGCGGACGCGGACGGGGCGUCCAAAUUCAGCGACCUGGGAAAACUGAUGGAGGGGUGCGAGGAAGUCGUCGACGGGUACCACCGCGGGGUAGCGAUCGGGAGCCGCGGCCACCUGGUGGGCAGCGAGGCGGUGGUGAAGCGGUCGGCGCUGCGCAACUUCCUCAUGCGCUCGUUCCACCUCGUGCUCGCGAUCCUGACCCCGCCCGCCACCUCACGCAUCCGCGACACCCAGUGCGGCUUCAAGCUCUUCUCGCGCGCCGCCCUGCCCCACGUCGUCCCCUACAUGCACGCCGAGGGCUGGAUCUUCGACAUCGAGAUGCUCAUGCUCGCCGAGUCCGCGCCCGCCGUCCCCGUCCUGGGGAGCGACGGAGCCGUCAUCGGCAGCAGCCCCGGCAUCAAGGUCGCCGAGGUGCCCAUCGACUGGCACGAGGUCGGCGGGAGCAAGCUCAACAUCAUACAGGAUAGCAUAAAGAUGGCCAUCGGCCUAGCUGUGCUGAGGGCUAGCUGGAUGAUGGGCGUGUACCGGCGGCGGCUGACGUAGGAUGCAGGCUGAAUCAGCACAGCAUAGAGGGAAGGGUCAGGGAAUAUAAGGGUGGAAUAAAUGCCGAUAGGCUGUGGAAUGCCAUUGCCUAUGCUGGAUUUACCAUUUAAAUCAGCACAGUCGUAUUAUACUGCAUUGCGUUUGUUUUUAUAACGUUGCAUUAGAUAUCCGGCGGAACGAAUAGAGAAAAGUUCUUCCUUAAA